UUUCGCUACAGCUGCGAGCUCGGCGCGUAUCUGCGUUUAUAAUGGAGACACAUUUUAUGCGGCGAUGAGAGAAGCGCGUAAUGAACGUGCAGAAUGAUUAAAUAAUUUUGUGAUUAUCUUUCUGAUGUUAUAUAUAGAAAUUGGGUUUUUUAAAUGGAGUUUAGCUUAAGCAGAGCUGUUGUAAAGUUAAGGAUGAACAAGCUUGCUGAUAUAUUCACAUCGAUCCAUUGUAUGGAAAUGAUGAUAUUCUCAAAUAUAUUUAUCGACCCAUAUCUUUAUAAAAAUUUUAUAAAAUGAGAAAUUAGCAAACUCGACUUCUCGUAUUUAUAAUGAUUGAUAAUGAUAUUAUGUAUAUUUACGUUAAUUGCACUUUUUUAACAUUUUUGUUAUUUGAGAUCGAUUUCUUUCGUUUGUCAUAUGUAUUCAGUAUUCUUAUUUCGUCUUGACAAGCAACAUGUGACAUAUAUAAGUGACAUGUUGCGGCAAAAUUUUAAAGUAGGUCAUCAAAUUCUGGAUAAUGUAGCAAAAAAACAUUUCUUCUCUUUUAGCUUUAGUCACAAAGCGUUGGUACCCGAUAAGUGUACUCAAUGGACGAGGAACAAAACUCAUCUAACCCCCGAACAAUACAAAAAGAAACUCAAGCAAUGUCCUAAAUCGUCAUUCAUAGCCAACUGUAAAAAGUUAUUUUUCAAGUCUGAGCCUGCUAAAGUAAAUCACAAUAUAAUUUAUCGAUGCUUUAAUUAUUAAUAUCUAAAAUUUUGAGACUUUGAUCAGUUGAUGAAUAAACUUAACUAAAUGAAUUUUUUAUACAAAUAAACUUUUACUAUAGUAACGAUGUUUUCAAGAUAUUUAAUACAUGUAUAACGAUUUUAAAAGUUACAAUUUAUCCACACAUCGAUAUCCCAAGAAUAACAAAUUAAUAAUAAUGAACAAAUAAUGAAUCAUAAUAAAUUUUAGUGCAAGGCGACCACAGCUAGUGACAAUUAUUUGAAGGCUCGGCGAUCGGUAAAACUUCGCAUUGAAGACUUGACGAAAUUCGUGGAAGACGGAUCGCGAUCGAUCACGAACAACUUGAAGAGUCAUUUGGAGAACAGUAAGGCCGCUCGCGCGGCUCAAUUGGAAAAGCUCUCACAGAGAACAACGCGUAAGCUGGACGAAUUGACCAGCCUGGACGUCUCGUACGGCUGCUGGAUGCGGAAUGAGACAAUGUUGCUCAAUGAUGAGAUAAGGCGAUCUUUUGACGCUCUGGAACGAGCAGUCGUUCCGAAUGUGGGGCAAAUAAUGUCGAUGUUGAAGGAUUUGCAAAGUGAAGUGUCGAAGUGCGCUGAAUGCGCAGACAAGAAUGUCACCUCGUGUCGUGAGCAUGUCGUUCCUACUGAAUUUGCAAAGUGCGUGGAUGAACGAUUAGACGAAGCUACGCUGAUGCUGAAUCGAGUGAGUAAGGAAGCGCGUCUCAAAUUGGCGGAAAUUGUGAAGUUUCGCGAGACUGUCAUAAAAGCGCACGAAAUGACUGCGGAGGAAGUGAUGGAGCUAAACCACAGGAAAUCAGCCGAAUUGUCCAAGUACUUGGAGAGGUGUAUCGUCAAGCUGAAGAAGGCAAACAAGUAGCGAAAACGGCGUAGUAUCUGACAAGCAUUUAGGAAGCGGUUUAACGAAAAGCAAACAGAAAACUGAGACGUGUAUUUAAAAUUGCGAAUAGUUCGGAAACUGAUCCGGCUAUCCCGAGAGUUUUCUUUGAAAAUAAAUACUCGAGGGAAUCAUUUAUCCUCGUGUGUCUUUGUAAUUGGAUCUGUACAUAAUACUUGUUUUGAGUGAAAAUUUAUAACAGAGGAACAUAAAAGAGAUAGCCGAGAUCAGUGGUGGAAACAUCGGUUUCAAAAGUGGAAUCUCGGAAUCUAUUGUAGAGAACAAACAAUUAUUGUACUUAUUAAAUAAAUACUCUCAACAAAGAGUGUUAGAACAAAAUUAGAACUCCCUUAAUUCGGAUAAAAAAAAAAUAUAUA